AUGGAUGUGGAUGAGUUGGAACUGCUGGCCGAGGAGAGAAACGAGCAGCCGAUCCGGUAUAUACCGAAAGUGCUCAACGGAGGAAUCUCCGGAAUCGUCGGAGUCUCUUGCGUUUUCCCGAUGGAUCUCGUGAAGACGCGACUUCAGAAUCAGAAGGGAUCAACCACUUACAACGGAAUCGUCGACUGCUUCAGUAAAUCGUGGAACGCCGGUGCCCCUGGUAGACUAAAUCAAAUCAGAGGAAUGUACCAGGUGACGAAAGGAUUCCCGAGCAGUUCUGAACUAAUUAUUCUCAGGGAGCAUCCGUCAAUGUCUUUCUGAUCACCCCUGAAAAAGCGAUCAAGCUGGUGGCGAAUGACUUUUUCCGUCACGCUUUGAUGAAGGAUCAAGCGGAAAGACUUUCGACGCCACGUGGAAUGCUCGCCGGAGCAGCAGCCGGAUUCUGCCAAGUUGCGAUCACGACGCCGAUGGAACUGCUGAAAAUCCGCAUGCAGCAGUCGAAAGACAAGGUGAAAGCGACUCGUUUGAUCUGGAAUCUGCUGACGAAGGACGGAGGAAUCACUGCGUUGUACAAAGGACUCGGGCCGACGAUGGCUAGAGAUGUGUCCUUUUCGGCUCUUUACUUCCCACUCUUCGCCUAUUUGGACGGGUUAGGUCCGAGAAAAAAGGACGAUUCCGGUAAAGCAAUUUCAAAAAGAUUUCAAAAUGAAUUUGUAUAUAUUUUAGGAGAUGCUGUGUUCUGGGCUAGUUUCGUGUCCGGAUUGACGGCCGGAGCAACCGCUUCGUUCGCAGUCACUCCAUUGGACGUCGUCAAAACGAGGAUUCAGGCGGGAGGAUCGAACUACAAAGGCUUCUGUCACGCAUUCUACCGUAUUCUGGCCGACGAGGGAAUCGGUGCUCUUUUCAAAGGAGCCAUUUGCAGAAUGAUGGUGAUGGCGCCACUCUUCGGAAUCGCUCAGACCGUCUACUACGUGGGCCUCGCCGAAAAGUUGCUCGGAUUGGAAAAGGGCUCACGAGUUUAG